AUGGCGAUUCUGGAUAACUACUAUAGCGAACACUUUGUUCGCCAGCAUGAUAUGCUUAGAGAUCUGGGUAUCUACAUUGCGAAACUAGACCCAAUAGAAGAUAGAAAAAGACUGAUUGUCCAUAUGUUUGCAGAUGGAACGUACCCAACACAAUGGCAGAGUGUUCAUCUACCACAAGUUGAGGUUCUAGUUUUGAAUUUUAAGACAGAGAACAAUGCCUUACCUGAAUUUGUGCAGAAAAUUGACAAACUGAAGGUUCUAAUAGUCACAAACUAUGGUUUAUCACCUACUGAAUUGAGUAAUUUUAAUCUUCUGGAAUCAUUAUCAAAUCUGAAGAGAAUCAGAUUAGAGAGCAUUUCAAUUCAUUCCAUAACCAAGAACUGGGUACCAUUGAAGAGUCUAAAGAAGAUAUCGUUAUUCAUGUGUAAUAUGGGUCAAGCUUUCCACAAUUGUUCCAUCAAAAUUUCUGAUGCCUGGCCAGGUCUAGAGGAAAUGAAUAUCGACUAUUGCGAUGAUUUGGUGGAACUGCCUGCCGAGCUCUGUGAUCUUGUUCAUAUGAAGGUGCUUAGUAUCACCAACUGCCAUCAGCUAUCUUGCUUGCCUGAAGAGAUCGGAAAUCUGAAGAAUUUGGAUGUAUUGAGACUAAGGUCCUGUACAGAGUUGGUAAGGCUUCCGGUUUCAAUUGAAAACCUCACUAAGUUGCGCUGCCUUGACAUGUAUAAUUGUUUCGGCAUUAGGAAGUUGCCUGAAGGCAUUGGUAAGAUGAGAGGUUUAAGAAAGAUCAACAUGGGACAAUGCUCAAGAUUGGAGGAGUUGCCUCUAUCAGUGUGGGAUCUUGACGAGCAGUUAGAGGAAGUGAUUUGUGAUGAAGAGAAGAAACCUUUCUGGGAUUCCUUCUUAGCCAGAGACAAAAUCAAGGUGACAAAAGAAAAAUCCAAUCUGAAUUGGCUCGAAAAGCCUCAGUUAUGA